UAGCUAGCAAAACCAGGUGUUGUCUGCUGACUCUCUUAGUCCAACACGAAAUGGUGACAAGUCCGCAUCGUACUCGGGCUUGAGGUCUGCAAGCUUCGAUCUAAGCAAUAGCACGUCCGGGGUCGGGGCUGGCCCCAAUCAGUUGCCUCCUUUGAUCAAUAAACGUCGGUUGUUUGAAGACUCCAUUCCCAUCCGUCGACAUUCCACCACCACCACCACCGGUGCCUCGCUCUACUCGAUGGCGCAAGCCCUGGCAUCCAACUCAAGCCUCGUACACGGUCCUCAUGGAUCCACCUUGACAUUGAACCAGUCGGACGCGGUCACACCGCAUAGUCCCUACAACCAAAGCCCUUUGCUUCUAUCAAAUACCAACUCCAGAAACAAUUCCAUCUCCACCACCUUUGACAUUAAUUUUAUCAACUCCAAUAACAACUCAUCUUCCAACUCCAGACGUUCAUCUAUUGCCCCUGACUUCUUCCCCAAUCCAUUGAAAGAUAUCAACCCCAGUCAUAAACGCAAUGUAUCCAAUAAUUCCGGUAAGGCUGCGAACCAAAAUGUUCCACCUCCGUUGUCACUCAACCAGCCAAGCCAUCCCCAGUUUGCAGUACCUCAACUUAUUGGAAACUCUCCAACCCAGUCUGCAUUCACAUUGAGUAAGUCUCAAUCGAACUUGUCCAACGUGUUGUCCGCCUCCAACCUUCACCACCAGCUUGGUGCCAAUGUCUCAUCCGGUUCCCACCCCAAGAAGAACACAAAUAAUGGUAGUAACAAUGGAGCAGGGAAUGGCAAGAUCUCGGUAUCGAGCCUAAUCGAUUGAGAAAUCGGCAUAUAUCUAGUGGUUUGUCCAAACUUUCUUCAAUUCGUUUUCCCCACUGUUGAAUUGUAUUUCUUCUGUAGUAAUAAUGAAAAGUAAUAAUGAUU